AUGGAGCCCCCAAGGAACUCUCGAAUGGAGAUUCAGUGGUGCUAUAUGGGCCCGGAUGAUGGUUAUUAUGGCCCGUUCUCCCCGAAACAAAUGUUGCAAUGGACGCAGUCCAACUAUUUCCACGAUGGGAUCUUGAUCAAGAUCGAGCAUGAGAACAACUGGCACUCGUUGGGUGAUUGGAAGGCGCUGCUUGGAGAUUUGCCCUUCGGGAUGCAAUAUCCCUCCUACGAGCAAGCGGCCGCGUUCAUCGCCAAUCAGGCGCAAUCCCAGCAGAUGGGCAUGCCGCAUCCGCCGCCAAUGAUGCUCCCACCCGGCCUUCACCCACCAAUGCACCAACGCUACCCUCCUCCCUUCGUGCCCAUGAUGCAGCCGGGGGCCUCGCAGCCGAACAUGGUGCCCAUCCAGAUGCCGGCCGCGGUCCCGCCGAAUAUGGUCCAACACUCGUUGAUGUCCUCCCAGCCGCCUUCCGAGCCCCGCGAGGGCCAUCACUCGGCCAACAGCCAGACGCCCGACUCCGAUCAGGAUUACGACCCUCGACGCAGCGCUGUCCCCGUGGAACGUCGCGAAGAGCCGUCGCCUGUGAAGGUCACCGAAACGGCCGAGAUUGGCACAAACACCGAGGUCCUCGAAACGCGCAACGUCUCCACCUCAACGCUGCCCAUUGUGUUGAACAGCAACGACGUGGCUCGCUGGCUGUCGGAAGUGCUCGGCCAGAAAGUCUGCAUCACC